AUGACCACCAGUGAAAACGAGGUGGAGGAGCUGAAGAGACAGAAUGCAGUUUUGAAGGCCAGAAUGAAAACCAGUGAAAAUGUGAUGGAGGAGCUCAAGAAGGAGAACACAGAUCUUCAAUCCAGAGUAACAGCGAGUGAAGAUAAGAGCACAGUGUUGGAGACCAGAAUGACCACCAGUGAAAACGAGGUGGAGGAGCUCAAGAUACAGAAUGCAGACCGACCAAAGGUGGCGUUCUCACUUGGUCUCACUGAUGCUGGACAAAUUGGACCCUUCAAUACUGACAUCACACUUAAGUUCAGUAAAGUCAUCACCAACUUUGGUCAGGUCUACAGUCCAACUACAGGUCUCUUCACAGCCCCAGUCAGAGGAGCCUACUACUUCUCAUUCAAUCUAAUGGAUAACCGGAGUAACGCAUGGAGGGAUGUUCAUCUCUAUCACAAUGACAAGAGAGUGUUGUGGAGUGCUAAUUACAGUGCAAAUAGCUACGAAAGUGUUUCUAAUUCACUGGUUCUUCAGCUGGAAAAGGGGGAUGUGGCCUACCUGGUUUUACGUGCUGGCGAUAGUGUAUACGAUGAUGUUAAUGAUUAUACUACCUUUAAUGGAUUUCUGCUUUUUCCACUGUGAGACUCAAACAUGAGAAUUGAUUUACCCCCAAAUGUUUGGCAUAGUGUAUAAACAAGUCAUACAGUAUUCAUGUGUAUAUGAAAGGAUGCACAUUGUUGCUGUGUUGACUUUGCUCUGCAACAAACUACAUAUGAAAUAAAAGA